CGAACGGGGCUAUUCCCGCCAAAUCUCCUGUCAAAACAGGUGUUGUCACUCGAAAUAUUUCUUUUUAGAAAAAAUGAGUGCACUCCUCAUAAUCGCUUUAUGCGUCCUUAUCUUAUAUAAAUUCGUAACGCGACGUUCUGUUACGUGGAGAAAAGUUACGAAAUAUGGAGAAAAUAAAGUCGCUGAGUUGAAAAUAGCCCCAGGCCCGAUACCUUUGCCUGUUAUUGGAAGUUUGCACUUACUCGGAAAAAAUGAAUCCCCUUUCCAAUCAUUUACUGAAUUAUCUGGUGUAUAUGGGGAUAUAUUUAGUAUAAAGUUAGGUUCAGCACAGUGUCUGGUUGUAAACAGCUUAGACAAGAUACGGGAGGUUCUGAAUCAAAAUGGAAAAUUCUUCGGCGGUCGUCCCGACUUCUUGAGGUUCCACAAGCUAUUCGCCGGCGACAGAAAUAAUUCUCUGGCCCUUUGUGAUUGGUCGAACCUGCAACUCAGACGUAGAAACCUGGCGCGACGUCACUGCGGUCCAAAACAGCACACGGAUAAUUUUACGAGGAUCGGUUCCGUGGCGACCUUCGAAUCCAUAGAACUCGUCCAGACCUUGCGAAACAUUACUCGUUCAACAAUUGGAAGCAUCAACUUGAAACCCCUCCUGAUGACAACAGCUAUGAACAUGUUUACAAACUACAUGUGCAACAUUCGUUUCGACGCUGACAACGAUGCGGAAUUCAGGAAGAUAGUUAACCAUUUCGACGAGAUCUUCUGGGAAAUAAACCAAGGUUACGCUGUUGAUUUCCUGCCGUGGCUGUCGCCAUUUUACAAGAAGCACAUGGAGAAACUAUCCAAUUGGUCAAACGAUAUUCGUUCUUUCAUCCUGUCCAGGAUCGUUGAACAGAGGGAGAUUAAUUUAGACAUGGAGGGACCUGAGAAAGACUUCCUCGAUGGUCUCUUAAGAGUGCUCCAUGACGAUCCAACUGUUGAUAGAAACACUAUUAUAUUUAUGCUUGAAGACUUCUUGGGUGGGCAUUCGUCUGUCGGUAAUUUGGUCAUGCUCUGUUUAGCUGCUGUCGCCAGGGAUCCGGAUGUCGGAAAGAAGAUUAAGGCAGAAAUCGAUGGUAUAACUAAAGGGAAACGAGCUGUAACGUUGGCUGAUAGAAGUGUAUUGCCGUACACAGAAGCAACAAUCUUAGAAUGUCUAAGAUACGCCUCUUCACCCAUCGUCCCUCAUGUGGCUACCGAGAACGCGAACAUAUCAGGAUACGGCGUUGAGAAAGGAACCGUUGUCUUCAUAAACAAUUACGAAUUGAACACAUCGAGUAAAUACUGGGAUGAGCCGCAAAAAUUCGAUCCGUCUAGAUUCUUGGAACGCACCAAAAUACGCACGAGGAGGAACUCGCAAUGCGAUUCAGGUAUGGAAUCGGACAGCGAGAGAACCGGUCCGAUUAACAAAGCCACAGAAUCCGAAAAGGAAAUCGUCACUGUCAAGAAGAAUAUCCCCCACUUCUUACCGUUCAGCAUUGGUAAGAGGACGUGUAUUGGACAAACGUUGGUCACGACUAUGAGUUUCGUCAUGUUCGCCAACAUCGUCCAAGAGUUCGAGGUCGCGGCUGUCAAUAAAGACGACCUGAGACAGAAGCCAGCAUGCGUCGCCUUACCGAAGGACACAUUUGAACUUUAUCUCUUGCCAAGAAAAUAUUGAACUCAUAUUAUUUUAGAUAAACCUCCUUAUUUAUUCUGUGACAAUUGAAUUUGGUAUUUCGAUUUUUUUUUCAAUUUUAUCUUAGUUUUAGUUGAAGUUUUUAUUUAUUUCUUAUGUUAAUUUAGUUCUUCGUUUAAAUUAAAUUAGGCUGAUUCGAUUUUUAACUAAUAUUCUAUAAUUAAACAAUCAAUAGAUAUUAUAUUUAAUUGUAUAUAAUGUAUAGUGAUUUUUUUCUUCAGAAUUAUGAUCUAUAUACUGUACGUAUAUUAAAUACUAACUUCUUUUAGUUGAACUAUUUUCUUUUAGAAAUUUAUCUUAUUUGACAUUUUUGUUAGUACUCUUUGCUCUAAAUGUCGACUCUUAGGCUCUUAGAGUAUAUUUCAAUGGUACUAGGAGUUAAGAUAAUCAAACCUUAGAUUUUAUAUUCCAUUCGAUUCGCUAAUACAUCUGCUAUAUUGAACUACAUACGGUUCUUGAUUAAUAUAAAUUUAUUUAGUGUUAGGUAUCACACACGUAUUUGUGUUAUUAUAUUCCGGUUAGGAGGGUGAGUGAGGCAGAGUAGGGACAAGGGAAAUAACAUCUUAGCUCCCUACGGUGAUGUAGCGAAUGUUUAAUAUUGCUUAUACAUUUAACUACUUAUAAUCAUUUGCUCUAGAGUUCCGAUAACUUCGCCAUUAUUCAGAAUCAUUUAUAAUUUAAAUCUCGAACGUAUUCAAGGUCAAAAUUGACGUAUUGAAUUGACUCCUCCUGCCAUUGAAAUCGACAUUUCUUAGAGAUUCUUUCUAUAAUUUUUCUUUUGAAAUUAAAAAAACUAAAAUUCUUGUCACAGAGUAAAUUAAUAAGUACGCUCAAAACUUAUUUAUUUUGAAACAUGACUUUGUGAUUUUAUAAUAAACAUACAUAUAUGUGCUGGCGACAUACAAUGAUAUAUUAUAUAUAUAAACGACUGUACUGUGUUUGUUGGAUUACGAUUUUAGUUUGUAU